AUGGUGGAACGGUCUAAAUCGAAGUUGAACGACAAGCAGUGCCCGGAUCAGGAUGGUCGUCGUGGACACGCGGAAUCACUAACGUCCAAAGCACUUCCCCUCAACCGACAGUGUCAUGGAGAGGGCAGAAUCACGGCCAAACACGACACAGCCCCACAACUAAGGGCAUUGACGGAGACACCAACGUCGACGACUCCGAGGUCCGAAGCCACACCGGAUGCGAUGUCUCCCAAGGCAAGUUCUCCGCCUUCCACCGACGAACCCCCUUCGGCUUCGAGUAGUCGAGGGGGUUCAGCGUCGGCGCACGCCGACGUGACGCCCAUACCCGCAUCGCCCUCGAGUCCUCCGAGAAAGCGGCAGCGCAUUUUCGAGGACGCCAGCAACUGCCUACCUGGCCAACAGAAAUCCCCCAUAGAGCGUGGAUUGGCCCUAAUUGAGUCGCUCCGGGAAGGGGGCCGCACCCGUAACCGUGGAUCAGAUUCGUCCUCAAGGUCCUCGUCCGUAUCGCCUCUGGAUAUCGCGGACGACGAUGACGGGCUAUUCGGCGAGACACCGCUCGACGAGCCGGGAAAGAGUGACUCAUCAUCUCUCCCCUCUGUAGCGAAACAAAAGGAGAUUGAUUCCGUUCUGGCCACUAUCCCUCUCUUGGGCCCACCUCUUGAAGCCGACAGCGAUCCCGAGGACCCUGCUCAGAGCGAAGGGGACGAAGAUGAAGGGUUUUCUGAGGACACGAACAGCGUACAAGCCCAGAUUAUGCGGGCUCGGGAAGGUCUCAUGAGGAGACGAGUAUUACAGUCCUGCUGCACCGCAUCGCCCACCGAAGCUCCUCCGAUAAGAGUGAUGCACAAACCCAUCCGCGUGCGACGGAGAGUCAAACAGAGCUCUCUUCCCCCUUCGUCAUCCUAA